AUGUUGAGCUCUAGAAGAGCUUUGGGUAGACAUGCCCCGUCUCUGAGCUCUGUCCGCCCUGCUACUAUACGUAGCCAAUUCACGUUCGAUCGAAAGCGGGACUUCUCCAUCGCCGAGCUCGAUGCCGAACAAAAAGGUCGCGAACGAGUUGUUGUUUUAGGAUCAGGCUGGGGUGGAUACACCUUCUCCCGCGAGCUCUCUCCAAAGACGCACCAAAUCGUUAUAGUGUCUCCCAGACCCUACUUCGUCUUCACGCCUUUGCUCGCAGGAACCUCUGUCGGCACUCUGGAAUUCCGGACCGCGCUGGAACCCGUGAGAUCAUUCCGAGGAAGAGGCGUUGGAGCUGAGUACUUCCAAGGAUGGGCGGACGAUGUAGACUUCAACAAGAAAGUCCUGACGGUCGAGGAGGCGGUUGAGGAUCCCAGUCAAGGACGGGUACUAUCCGAUAAGGGCGAGGAGGAAACGUUUGAUCUGCCAUACGAUAAGCUCGUGGUGGCUGUGGGAUGCUAUACGCAGACGUUCAACACAAAGGGAGUCAAGGAGUACGCCUACUUCCUGAAAGAUGUGGCCCAUGCCAGACGGAUACGAAAUCGGUUGCUAUCGUGCUUCGAGAUCGCAGCAUUGCCAACGACAUCCGUGGAGCUACGAGAUCAGAUCCUCAACUUUGUGGUUGUCGGUGGAGGACCUACAGGGAUCGAAUGGUCGGCAGAGCUGCACGACUUGAUCCACGAAGACAUGUCCAGGCUCUAUCCUGAAUUGGUUAAGCAUGUGAAGAUCACAGUUUACGACGUUGCUCCGAAAGUGCUCGGUAUGUUCGAUGAAAAGUUGUCCAAGUACGCCAUGAAGACCUUUCAACGCAAUGGCAUCUCAAUCAAAACCAACCACCACGUGGAAGAGCUGCGGCCAGGAACUGUUGCGAACCCAGACAGCACGGAUGCCUUCACUUGUUACACACUCAAGCUUAAAGAAGAAGGCGAAGUCGGAGUGGGCAUGUGCGUCUGGUCAACAGGAUUAAUGAUGAACCCUUUCGUCGAAUCGGCUCUCAAAGACCGCAUCAAGCAGGACGAACGAUCACACGCUGUGCUCACGAACGCAAAUCUCCAGAUCAAGGGCCCUGACGAUACUCCUAUCCCUGAUGUCUAUGCGAUCGGCGACUGUGCGGUUCUCGAGGGUACAGCCUACCCAGCCACAGCACAAGUCGCAUCUCAGAAAGCUGGCUGGCUCGCGAAGCGGUUCAACAAGGGAGACUUCGAACGACAGAAAGGGUUCCAGUACAAGGACUUGGGUGUGAUGGCGUACAUUGGCAAUCGCAAUGCGAUUCUUCAAACGGGAGGAGGAAAAAUCUCGGGAUUUCUUGCCUGGUGUAUCUGGAGGGGCGUGUACCUUACCAAGAGCAUGUCGUGGCGUAACAGGAUACUGAUCCCGAUCUACUGGAGCAUUAACUUUGUCUUCGGAAGAGACAUCUCUCGCUUUUGA